AUGACAGCUGACAUAGAGGAUACUAAAGCCAAAGCUAUUGGAAAGCGGAGCAAAGAGAUAGAGCUCAUUGAAGUCAAUGGUAAGCGGGUAAGCAAGACCAGCACUGGGAAGCGGAAGUUCCACAAGAAGUCCAAGACUGGAUGCGACAACUGUAAGAGAAGAAGGGUGAAAUGUGACGAGGGUAAACCUGGUUGCAAAAAAUGUAGCAACCUAAACUUGGUGUGUGUGUACUCUACAGUUGUGGAUAAUAAAGUGGCGAAAAAGACAACGAGCAGGAAGGGUAAGUCCCCUGGUGCAAAUAGCUUAGAAAACUCGGACGAUAAUACGAGGCGAUCGGUUUCACCACAAUUGUCACAAUCUACUCCCGAUACUAAAGUAAAUACAGAACUGUCAGGUGUAUCAGAUAAAAACUCAUUGGUCCAGAGUCCAGUGCUCCCAAAUAUUUCUAAUACUCCUUUAUCUGCAGAAGCGUUAUUGAAUGGUAAAUUGGGUAAUAUCGCGUUACAAUUACAAGAGCAUGCAAACAUUGCUGCAUCAGAAACAGCAUAUCCAACGACUGUCAAUAAUACUCAUGGUCAGGCUAACUCCACAGCCAAAAUAGUACAGGAGCAACGGAGACUACUAGAACAACUGUCGCCUUCUCUGAAUCUGCUUACACCCGAGCGAAAUUCGGUUUCAUCUCCAGGUGCAACCACAGGAACAGAAAGCAACUUGCUAUCUCAGAUAUUAGCUGGUUUGUUUGGACAACAACAAACUGCUGCUGGUGUAUCAUCGAAUACACAGCAGCAGCAGCAGCAGCAGCCGUUACAACAGCUUUUGCAGCACUUACAGCCACCUGUGAUGCAACAAAAUGGGCUUCAGCAGCCUUCCAAUUAUAGAGAACGUCUACCAUCAAUUUCUAUGGAUUUGAAUGGGAGUCCUGGUUUGCAAUACAAUACACCUUCUACUACAAAUAAUGCAACUACAAAUACAUUGCUGAAUAGUAUACUAGCGUCAACACUGAAUCCGAUUUCGUUGGGGAAGGGCAGCACUUCUGCUGUGCAAGCAAAUAGCUCCGAUGGUUUGAUGGGAGCAACAAGUACACGAAACGAAGACAGUAUCGGCAAUGCUUUGCCCUUUUCAACUGACGCUAUAUCACAAUUAACAAAAUUAAAUCUCAAUUCAUUUCCUACAGCUGGUAUAGGUGGUAUUUCCUAUGAUUUUCACGAAUUAUUUGGUAUAAAAUAUAAUCAUACAAAUAACAGAGCUAUAAAAGUCAGUUCUGCUGAAGAAGCAUUGGCUAAUAUGCAAGAACAUCGAGAAAGGGAGCAAGCCUCAAAAAUCAGUGAGAAGCAAAAACAAGCAGCGGAACAAGAAACUAGAAAUUCUGAAAAUGGAGUUAUCAACAAGCAGAACUCGAUAGGCAUAAAUGCAAGUAGCGAAAACUCCGUUUCUGCUUCUAGCGUCUCAGAGAACUUUCUAAAUUCGACAUCUACUGCUGAACAGCAAUAUACUAAUCUCGGUAAUGAUGUCUCAAAUCUCAUCAACCUGAAAGAUGUAGCUCCAUUAAACGGAAAUGACAAUAUGAAUAUGAUGUCCCCACUCAUUAAAAGUUCUUUGGACAAAUCUGCAGUUCCAGAAAAUCCUGGAAAUGAUUUAUUGAAUACCAAAAGUCCAUCAACAUUUGACGGUAUAUCUAUGGAUAUGGUUCAGAAUCAAACCACUGAAAGAAAGAAUGAAAACAAUAAUGGAUCGAUUGGAAGAAAUAAUUCCUCUAAUAAUAUUAGUAUGACACCGUUAAACACAAAUACUACUAGUUCAGGUAUUUCAGACUUUGCAGGUAAAACUGCUAGUCCUUCUAUCCCACAUCUGAUUGAAUUGUCAUCCAAGACAAGUUUGGGAUUAGUCGACUUGAAGCUAUUUCAUCAUUACUGUACUGAGGUUUGGCCUACUAUAAUUGCAGUUGGAAUUUCGAGUCCGGAAGUGUGGGGGACUUACUUACCCGAUUUAGCUUUCAAAUAUCCAUUUUUGAUGCACUCUAUGUUGGCCUUCAGUGCUACACAUUUGUCAAGAACACAACCGGGACUGGAUGAUUAUGUGGCAUCGCAUAGAUUAUCUGCAUUAAAGUUAUUAAGAGAGGCUGUAUUAGAAAUUUCAGAUGAUAACACAGAUGCAUUGGUGGCCAGUUCUUUAAUUCUAAUCAUGGAUUCUUUAGCCAAUGCUUCAAAUUCAAACCCUACUGCUUGGAUUUUCCAUGUUAAAGGGGCUGUCACUAUAUUAACUGCAGUGUGGCCACUGCCUGAGACAUCUAAAUUUUACAACCUUAUUUCAGUUGAUUUAAGUGAUUUAGGUGAAAUUGUUGAUAAAGAUACUGGCACCAUUACUGAGCUGGUCUGUUGUGAUGAUGAUAUUGCAGAUUUAUAUCCAGUUGACUUAGAUUCCCCAUAUUUAAUCACAUUGGCUUAUUUGGACAAACUUUAUAGGGAGAAGAACCAAUUAGAUUAUAUCCUUCGUGUUUUCGCAUUCCCAGCAUUGUUGGAUAGAACGUUUUUGACCUUGCUGAUGACGGGUGAUUUAGGAGCUAUGAGAAUAAUGAGGAGUUACUACAAACUUUUGAGAAAUUAUACUACCGAAAUUAUGGAUCGUGCUUGGUUUCUUGAAGGUGUUUCUCAAGUGUUGCCUAGAGAUGUUGAUGAUUAUAGUGGUGGUGGUGGAAUGCAUAUGAUGUUGGAUUUCUUGGGUGGUGGAUUACCGUCUAUGACCACGACCAAUUUGUCGGAUUUUAUGUAA